CACACUAAGACACUAGAUACUUUUUGAUGAGGGACUGUGGACCUGUGGUAGUGUGGUGUGGGAGUAUCAAAUUGUAGUAUUCUCUCUCCAUUCCCGAUUUCCUGCGUGUAGGUUCUAGUGUUCUACCCAGAAAGCUCAAAAGCCACGACAUUCAUAAUUGAAAGCUCUGCACUUCCCUUUUUCUGGUUUUGCUCUUCCAAUUUCCGAGUUUCACUUCUCUCUUCACAAUCGUCUCACAGGUUUGCCCAUCCUGAGCUCUUUCCGUUUGUUUAUUCUGAGUAAUUUUGAGAUUGAGUUAUAUUCUAGGGUUUUCAAUUUUGUCAAUGGAUAAAUUGAAUUAUCUUAAUUUGCUGCUCUUGAUUUCACUAAUUGUUGUACCCUGCCAUGGAUUUAUGACUAAGCACACGUUAAUGGAGUCGGAAUCCUCACCGCCUGCCCCUGAUUUGAAAAUUGAAGUGAAAAGGGUUGCGCUUAGCAUUUUCUCUGGUCUAAUUUCUGGGUUUUUUGCUGCUAUUCUUGUUACUGCUAUCAUUAGAGGAUUUGUCGUAUUUAUCAACAGAGCUCCAAUCCUCAAAGGCCCUGUUGUUUUCUCCCCUAAAAUCGACCCCAAAACACUUCGUUUAGCUCUUGAUAAUGAAAAUCACCUCUUAGGUUCUAGCCCUAAUGGAGCUUACUAUAGAACUGCGCUUGACAAUGGCCUAAAUAUCGCUGUAAAGAGUCUUGAGCCCUUUGAAAUUGGCUCCCCAGAAACUCACAACAAGGGCUUAAAGAGGAAAUUACAGCAAGAGCUUCAGGUUCUUGCUGGAGUAAGACAUAGGCAUUUGAUGAGCUUGAGGGCUUACGUCCGCGAAUCUGAUCGUUUCAGCUUAGUUUACGAUUAUAUGCCCACUGGGAGUCUUGAAGAUGCUAUGAAUAAAGUCCGUCUCAAUCAUUUGCAAAUGGGUUGGGAUGUUAGGCUUCGGAUUGCUGUGGGGAUUAUUAAGGCACUCAAGUUCCUUCAUUUUGAAUGCAAUCCAUACAUAUUGCAUUACAAUCUUAAGCCUACUAAUGUGAUGUUAGAUGUGGAGUUCGAACCCAAGCUUGCAGAUUGUGGGCUAGCCAAUCUUAUGCCUAAAUUGUAUAGUUCACCAAAUGGCUAUAGAGCUCCUGAGUCCUCUCAAAACGGCAGAUAUACAGAUAAGAGUGAUGUCUUCAGCUUUGGAGUCAUACUUGGGGUACUUUUGACUGGUCUAGACCCUUUAGAUCCUCUUUUGGGCGAAGCGUCUAGUGGGGGAAGUUUAGGCAGGUGGCUGCAGCAUUUGCAGCAAGCAGGAGAAGCUCAGCAGGCCUUGGAUAAAAGUAUACUUGGGCAAGAGGUUGAGGAAGAAGAGAUGCUUAUGGCAGUUAGAAUUGCAGUUGUUUGCAUGUCAGAUCUCCCUGAAGAUCGUCCUUCCAGUGAUGAACUUGUCCCAAUGCUUUCUCGUCUUCACAGUUUUUGAAAGUGAUGUGAAUAGUCUAUUGGAACGUGUUUGUAUCGUGUUGGAACCAAAAGUAAGAUAUAUGUAGUACAUCCUUUGUUGUUUAUGAAAGUCCAAUUUUGUUGGAAUCCCA